AUGAUGGAUUCCCCGAAGAUUGGAAAUGGUUUGCCAGUGAUUGGACCAGGGACUGAUAUAGGGAUAUCUUCACUCCACAUGGUGGGGUAUUUGGGAAAAAAUUAUGAUUCAUCUAAAGUACCAUCAGAUGGGUAUUGCCCUGCUUGUAGGACGAAGGGAAAGUUAAAAGCCUUAAAGACUUACCGAAUUAGUUUUCAAGAAUCUGUCUUUUUGUGUGAGGAUCUGCAGUGCAUCUAUCCGUUGGGCUCUAAAUCACUUAAUAACUUAAUUACUCCCGAUUUGGAAGAUUGUCACACUCCAAAUAAGCCUCAAAAAAGAAAGAUCGUGGAAACCAACUAUAAAGAGUCACCUCUUUUAGCAAAUUCCAAAAAGACUAAAAAUCAUAAUGGUAUUGAUGGUGAACAGGUUUUGAACAGUAAACAUAAUGAAGAAGAGUAUGAUGAAACCUCAUCAGACUCGCCUGGUUUACUGCACGGUGGUCAACAGAAUCCGAUUAGGACAACUGAUUCCUUGGAGCAGAAUGAGAGUUUGGAAGCUGAUAUUAUUGACAUGGCUGCUGAAGAAGAUUCUACUAUGGUUGAUGUUUCUGGAACUGGAGGGACUGCCCCUCAAAAUGAAGGAUGCACAUCUGAACUGGAAAUGCCGUUGGAGAGCAAGCAUACCUCAUUUUGCCAGACUUCAUGUGUCCAGUGGAAAAACGCACAUGCUCUCUGUUGGUUAGACUGUAUCCUGUCAGCAUUGGUGCACUUGGAAGGGCUGAAAAACACUGUGACUGACCUAUGCUCUAAAGAGGAGUCUGUGUUCGGUCAGUUGUUUACCAGGUAUAAUCAAGCCAAUGAGUUUCUGCACACCAGUCAGUUGGAUGGAGUUAAAGAUGGAGAUUGUAUAAAACUUCCUUCUGAAAUAUUUGCAAAGAUAGAGACCUGUCUGAAUGAAGUCAGAGAUGAUAUUUUUAUUAGGCUUCAGCCUCAGCUUAGGUGUACAUUAGGUGAUAUGGAAAGCCCUGUGUUUGCAUUUCCCCUGCUCUUAAAAACAGAACCCCACGUUGAGAAGCUCUUCACAUAUUCUUUUUCUUGGAAUUUUGAAUGUUCACACUGUGGACACAAAUAUCAAAACAGAUGUAUGAAGAAUCUGGUCACCUUUACAAACGUCAUCCCUGAGUGGCACCCAGUUAAUGCUGCCCAUUUUGGUCCAUGUAACAAUUGCAACAAUAAGUCACAGAUAAGAAAAAUGGUAUUAGAAAAAGUAUCUCUCAUAUUCAUGUUGCACUUUGUGGAAGGCUUACCGCAUAAUGACUUGCAGCACUAUUCAUUUCAUUCUGAAGGCUGUCUUUAUCAAAUAACUUCCGUAAUUCAGUACCAAGCAAAUAAUCAUUUUAUAACAUGGAUUUUAGAUGCUGAUGGAAGUUGGCUGGAAUGUGAUGACUUAAAAGGCCCGUGUUCUGAAAGGCAUGAGAAAUUUCAGGUUCCUGCUUCAGAGGUACAUAUUGUUAUCUGGGAAAGAAAAACAUCCCAAAUGACAGAUAAAGCACCUGCCUGCUGCCCACUUAAAAAGACUUAUGAUCAGCACGCUUUCGGAGAUGAGAAUCAAGUAUCUCCAGCACUGUGUUCUGUAGGUGAUGCUGCCUCAGCUGAAAUGUCCUCAGUAACUCACCCCACAAAAGUGUCAGUUGCUCCUAAUACUCUUUCACAGGAUGAAGCCGUAACUUUUGAACAUCAUUUAUUUUCAGGUCUUAAAGAUUUGGUCGACAAGAAUAUUUCACCUUUGACAUUUGAAGAAAUACAGGUUAACUCUGAAGGUUUUUUAUUAGAAAAUAAACCUGUGGCAGAGAAUGCAGGGGUUGUCAAAACACAUACUUUGCAAUCGCAAGAGUCACUAAUAGCUUCUUUAGUAUCGGCUCCAUGCAAGGACAAGCUUACCCAAGACCAGUUUGUGGAUUUAAGCUUUUCAUCUCAACUUGUAAAUACAGAUGUGCCAUCAGUACAGCUGAAUACAGAAGGUACUGUAGUUACUCAGCCUGUGAAUGAUAUUCGUGCUACUGACCUUACACAGAGAGUAAAGUCAGUAGAAACUGAGGGUACAGUUGCCUUAGAGAAGGAUGCUCCAUCGAAACAAUUUAUUUUACCAAAAACUGAGAAAUUAAAACCAGAACAACAUGUUACAUCUCAGGUGUCUGAUUUGAAGGAAAAAGAAACUGCAGCAUCUUCUCAAACCGUAACAGCUAAGCUGUCACAGAAUCCAUUUCUGAAAGAAAAUCAGAAAAAACCAUUUGUGGGAAGUUGGGUUAAAGGCUUAUUAAGCAAGGGUGUUUCUUUUAUGCCAUUUUAUGUUUCAGCUCAUAAUAGAAACACUGUGACUGAUUUGCAGCCUUCAGUUAAGGGGGCAAGUAAUUUUGGUGGCUUUAAAACUAAAGGCACAAAACAAAAGGGUAACUGGGCAUCCAGGGAAGCUCAUAGUUGUACAAGUAAGCCUCCUCCAGUUAGUAAUCCUGCACCAAGCCAUCCAUCACCAAUUAGCACAGCUUCUGCUCUCCCUGCUAAUGGUCAUGGUGAUUUGGAAGUUUUGAAGAAAUGUGAAAACGCCUCAUAUGGAGCUCAUCACCUCAACCACAGUUCUCAUGGAAAUGAAAAUGGUGUUUCUUCAGCAAACCCUGGAGGCUCAGUUGAGGGUCAGAUUCAUAAACUUCGUCUAAAACUUCUUAAAAAACUUAAGGCAAAAAAGAAGAAAUUAGCUGCUCUUAUGUCUUCCCCCCAAAAUGGAACACUUCCAAGUGAAAAUUUAGAACAUAUGUCCCAUUGUGGAUCUCCAAAUGACUGUGAAUCAAUAGAAGACUUGUUAAAAGAACUACAACGUCAAAUUGAUAUUGCCGAUAGUAAAUCUGGAUGCACCACAGCUCCUAGCGUUUCCUCACACAGUAGUCAAACUCAUGAAGAAAUCUUAGCAGAAUUACUGUCCCCUACAACUGUUGUUUCAACAGAGCUCUCAGAAAAUGAGGAGGCUGGCUUUAGGUACUUAGAAAUGGGAGACAAUCAUAUCCCAGCACCAGUACCUAAUGAAUUAAACAAUAUUCCCCAAAACAUUCAUCUGAGACAGGACCAUAAUUACUGCAGCCCCACUAAGAAAAAUCAAUGCAUAGUUCAGCCAGACUCACUCACAAAUAAUGCCUGUGUUACAACAUUGAACUCGGAAAAUCCCAUGAAGACUGAUAUUUUUGAUGAGUUUUUUUCUACUUCAGCGUUAAAUUCUUCAGCAAGUGACACAUUAGACUUCCCUCAUUUUGAUGACUAUCUGUUUGAGAAUUGUUGA